GGGGAGAACUACAAACCGAAUUUGAUAUUGGAUUGUUCGAAUGGAGUUGGAGCGAGUAAAUUCCGGGAACUGGUGACACAUUUGUUUGAGAAGAGUCUGCAUGUUGAGUUCAUCAACGAAAAAGGUCCUCUUAAUGAAAAGUGUGGUGCUGAUUUCGUUAAGAUCAGUCAAACAUUUCCGCGUGGUUUCGAGAAGGUGAAUGCGAUGGAGCGUUGUGCAUCAUUCGACGGCGAUGCGGAUCGUUUGGUUUAUUUCUACAAAAACAAAAACGCUGAAUUCCGAUGUUCAAUGAGACUGCAUGAAACUGAUUUAAAUUGUUUUACAGUGUACAUUCAGUUUGAGUUCUUCAUCCGCAUUAUCGAAUUUCUGAAACCAUUUCAGCAGUUGAUUGGUUGCGGACUGGACAAGGAGCUGUCAUUGGUCAUCGUUCAGACUGGUUAUGCGAACGGCAACUCAACCAAAUACAUUCGAGAGGAAAUGGGAUUAGAAGUGAAAAUGGUGCCGACAGGUGUUAAACACCUGCAUCAUGAGGCAUCAAAAUAUGAUAUUGGUGUGUAUUUUGAAGCAAAUGGACAUGGAACUGUCACGUUCAGCGAUCAUUUUCACGAAAUUAUUAGCAGGUUCAAGAUCGAAUUGAAACGUUUACGUGGUUUCUCGUCCUUAAUCAAUGAAGUGGUCGGUGACGCGAUGUGUGAUUUAUUGGUUGUGGAGAUUUUAUUGAGACAUUACGAUUGGAGCGUUGAUGAUUGGGCGCAGAAACUUUACACGGAUGCCGCAUCGUGUCAACUUAAAGUUAAGGUUAGAUCGAUCCAUCAAUUAUCUGACUAA